AUGAGUGAAAAGUCAACUGUCACCACAUUUACAAGUGCAUUUUCAACUGUAAAUCCAGCUACAACAUGUAUUCAUCCAUCACAGAUAAAUCCAGAUAACAUAAAUUUAACAAAUAUUAAACAAACUGGUGAAGAUGCAGAAUUUAACUUAUCAAUAAAUCAGAUUGCAGAUGAAAUUUACAACGGUAAGGAACAAAUUGUUCGAGAUUGGAUGAGGGAAAUACUAAAGUAUCCUUUAACAACAGAUGCAUGUUUAUUGGAGGAGAAUUUGCCUAAGAAUAGAUAUCAAAAUAUCCUUUUGUAUGACAUUAAUAGAGUUAAAAUUGUUGAUCAUUAUGAUAAAGAUAGUACUUUAAGUGAUUACUACCAUGCAUCUUAUAUUGAUGGUUAUGACAAGAAAAAUAGAUAUAUUUUGGCUCAAGCACCAUUUGAUGAUAAUACAGAGUCUGAUUUUUGGAGAAUGGUUAUUUCAGUACAUCCUAGUAUGAUACUUUUUUUGUCCGGUGAUUCAAAUGAUGAAAAGGAUAGAACUCGUAUACCACAAUUUUGGCCUAGUAAAGGAGAUAAAAGAGUUUAUGGUACUCUUACUGUUAAAACCGAAGAUGAUCUUUGUACAAAAGAUUGGGAUACACAUAUGUUGAGUCUUUUUGAUAAGAGAAGUAAAACCGGUGCCAAAGAUUUAUCAUUAAGUUUCAUUCAGUAUAAGAAUUGGGAAAAUGAUAAUAGAGUUCCAGAUUAUAUAUUAGAAUUUCGUGCUUAUUGCCAAUUAAAAAAAGCUGAAGCAGAUGUUAAAAAAUUAAAAGGACCUGUUUUAAUUGUUUGUCCAACCGGUACUCAUAGAGCAUCAUUUUUUGCUGCUAUGGAUAUUAUUAUGGAUAGAAUAAGUCAAGAGAAGAGAGUUGGUGUUAAACCAACAGUACAAAUAAUUUCUAAACAACGAUAUGGAAGUUUUGUUUUCUUUGAACACUAUUGUAAUUUGGUUGAUAUUAUAGUUAAACAUUGUUUAGCAAGUAAUAUUGUGGACCUACAUUUGUUAGUAGAAGCACAACUAAAAAAGAAUACUAAAUUAUAA